UCAUAAAAUUUCUUUCGUGUCUCAGAUUUUAUAGUUUACCAAAAUAGUAAUCUAUAGUAUUUUGCUCUCUUUACCUUCUUCAAACUCAGUUGCACAACCCUUCUUUUAUCACUUAUCAUGGCUUCUAGUUCUUCAACCCCUCCCUGCAACUAUGAUGUUUUUAUUAGUUUUAGAGGCAAAGAUAUUAGAGAGGGUUUUCUCUCCCAUCUCUUUGAUGCUUUGCAGCGAAAACAAAUCAAUGCCUUCUUGGAUGAAAACCUUUGUAAAGGAGAAGAUAUCUCACCUGCUCUUUUGGAAACAAUUGAAGGUUCUUAUGUCUCAAUAGUAGUUUUCUCUCAAAAUUUUGCAGAUUCUCCAUGGUGCUUCGAUGAGCUUGUGAAGAUACUUAAAUGCAAAGGAACUUUAGGACAAAUAGUCCUACCAAUUUUUUACCAUGUAGAUCCAACUGACGUUCAAGAUCUCACAGGGAAUUUUGGGAAGGCAUUUGCUGUGGCAAAGCAUGGAGAAGAACUCAAAGGCUGUUUAGACAAGGUGGAAGAAUGGCGCCAUGCUUUGAUGGAAAUAAGCAAUUUAUCAGGAUGGGAUUCACGGAAUUUCAAGGAACUGAAAAUGUUGAAGGCAUAUUACUUGACAUGUCUGGGAAUGGAUAUUUGGAUCUAAGUUCCACAGCCUUCAUCAAGAUGCGCAAGCUUAGAUUCCUCAAAUUCUUCUAUGCUCCUUAUUCCAGAGAAGGCCAAGUGCUGCUUCCUAGAGGCCUUGAAUUUCUACCAGAAGAGCUAAGAUAUCUUCACUGGGAAAUAUUCCCCUUGAAAUCCUUGCCAUUAAAUUUUUGCCCAAAAAACCUUGUAGAACUUCACAUGCCUCGCAGCAACCUCCGACAACUUUGGAAUCGAGAUAAGGCAAUAAUUAUUGUACUACUUUAUAAAAUUUAGCUACAUUUUGUGAAUUUAAUUAACAUCUGCUAAUUUCAUUGAUAUUUUUCAUUACAGGAUCUUGGAAAUCUGAAAUUUUUAGACCUCAGCUACUCUUUGGAGCUGACCGGAGUUCCAGACUUGUCUAGCAUCCCAAAUCUUGAGGUUUUAUAUUUGAACGAAUGUAGAAGCUUGAUUGAGAUUCCUAGGAGCAUUGGCGAGUUGAAAUUUCUAAAAAACGUUUCUCUCAGUGAUUGCCAAAAAUUGCACAGUAUUCCUCAAAGCAUCUGCAAUAUGAAAUCUCUUACACGCCUUGAUAUCUCAUAUUGUUUGAAUGUCAGAGUAUUGCCAGAGAACAUAGGGGAUUUAGAAAUGCUGAAGAUACUUAAUAUAUCUGGAAGUGGAAUAAAAACAUUACCAUCCUCCAUCAAUCAAUUGGGAAAAUUGGAACAGUUAUAUUGUACGGGAUGUGCAGGUUUGACAUUGCCUCCUUUGACAGGUUUGUCCUGUGUGAGGGCAAUUUAUUUAUAUGGCUGCGGUAUAUUAGAAAUUCCUCGGAGCCUUUGGUUUUUAGCGUCAUUGGAAACGUUAGAUUUAGGUAGAAACAAUUUUGAGAGCAUACCCGCAAGCAUUAAACAACUAUCUAAUUUGAAGAAGCUUGAAUUAGGAGGUUGCAAGAGACUUAAAUUUUUACCAGAGCUUCCAUGCUUAAAAUACUUGGAUGCAUUGGAUUGCACAUCUCUGGAAUCUGCAUCAAUAUCAUUCCUUUUCCUAGGACAUGAAGACAAAGAAAAGGAAACGGAUCUUGUGUUUCGUAAUUGCAUCAAUAUGGAUAAGGACGUAUAUGAGAAAGUAAUGGAGGAUGUACUUGCAAUGCAUCUGUUCAAACACAAGAUUGUUCAUUUGUGUAUUCCCGGGGAUGAAGUGCCUCAAAGGAUGAGAUAUAAGAACCAGAGUGGAUCUUCUCUUUCAUUCAGACUAGAUCGUCCUAACUUGAUUGGUUUUUGUUUUUGCGCUGUUUUUGAUCCCAAUAAGUGUUCUGGUUAUCGAUUUCUUGACAUUCAUUGCGAAGCCCAAUUCAUAGAUAAAUCAGGACAUAGCAGUAAAAAUGUCUAUUCCUUGUUCGAUAUUGCAUACAUGAACGCUGAUUGGUUAUAUUCAGAACAUGUGUUCCUUUGGAAUCACUGGUUCUUCAACAUGGAAGAUGGUUUCGUCGAGGCCUCAUUUCAGUUCUACCCAACAUAUCCUGUGUUUGAUUACGAGGCUAUAAUUAAGUGUGGGGUACAUCCUAUGUUUGGAGAAAAAGGAAUAAAUCAUGAGAAAAAGGAAGAGGAACCACCACAGCGGAGAUGAAAAGGAAGCAGAUUCAGAAAGACAACAGGUAAAGGAAUUUCUUAUUUAGUGUGAUACGAACUUAGGAGCAAUAUACCCCCAAAAGCUAGCUGUUGAGGUUGCAUAGUCCAAAUCCAUAUAUACCCCAUAUUGAAAUCCCAUAAUUGUAAUCUUUUGCAGCUCUAU